AUGGAGGUCGAUACUCAAACUAACAAGCGACACUACCAGACAUCAUCAGAUGACAACAGCGAUGACGACUACGACUCUACUACCAGUGAGGAAGAAGAAGACCAGGAUGAAGUUUCGAUCAUCACCAUUGUUGUGUUCUUUGUUUAUAAUGUAAACUCCCCCGUAAAUAUUCCACUCCCCUUUGUGAAUGACAUCUUCGAGCGUAUUGCUGCCGAGGCUUCUCGUCUGGCGCACUACAACAAGCGCUCUACCAUCACCAGUCGGGAAAUCCAAACUGCUGUUCGCCUGCUCCUGCCCGGAGAGUUGGCUAAGCACGCCGUCAGUGAGGGAACCAAGGCUGUCACCAAGUACACCAGCUCCAAGUAAAUUUUCUCGCAGAUGCGGAGGAACAUUAA